AGGGAGAGGAACAGAGUCACCACCUGUUGUUACUCAUUUUUCAUCCUAACAAACAUAGCAUAUAUCGCCUCCCUUCCCCCAAGAUAUUAUCAAAAUCUCUUCAAAAAUUCAAUCUUUACUCGUUAAUCUUACAACCCCUCUUCUCAAGAAUGGGAUUUUCAUAUACCCACUUAGUAAAAAUCGAUUCUUUGAAUGUCCCAAAUUGUCUGCUCACAUAAAAUCUGACUAUUUUCUUGUGUUCUCAAGUUCUACAUUGAGAAGGGGGCAAAGGGUAUUUUUUGGCUUUUUGUGGGGAAGUCUAGAUUGAUGGCUAGAAGGGAUAUACAAGCGUUGGAGUGUAAAAAGGAUGGGAGUAUGUCUAUUUCUCAUUUGGGGCUCCAAUGGAGUCUCCAAGAUUCAAACUUUUGUCCUGGUGGAUUGUUUGCAUCAGUUGGUCAGAUGGGAAGUAUGGGCUUUGGUGUUUCAUCACCUAAUCCAUCUGAUUCCCGGGAUGAAAAUGGUGGAUUCAAGCUACCUUAUUCCGAUUUGUGUAUGAAAUAUUUAUCAUUCUCUGAGGGGUUUAAGAUUGUAGGGAAUGGGGAGGAAGAAGGGGUUGUGAAGGAGAAGAAGAAGAAAGGUGGGCUAAAGAUUAAGCUUAAGGUUUCAAAUCCUUCAUUAAGGAGGUUAAUAAGUGGUGCAAUCGCAGGGGCGAUAUCUAGAACUGCUGUAGCUCCAUUGGAGACAAUAAGGACACAUUUGAUGGUGGGAAGUAGUGGACAUUCUAGUACUGAGGUGUUCAAUAGUAUCAUGAAGACUGAAGGAUGGACUGGAUUGUUUAGGGGUAACUUUGUUAAUGUGAUUCGAGUUGCCCCUAGCAAAGCUGUAGAGCUUUUUGUGUAUGAUACUGUUAAUAAGAACUUGUCAUCUAAACCCGGUGAGCAAUCCAAAAUUCCAAUUCCUGCCUCAUUAGUUGCAGGAGCGUGUGCCGGAGUCAGCUCUACCUUACUGACAUAUCCACUUGAGCUAGUGAAGACUCGGUUGACAAUUCAGAGAGGAGUUUACAAUGGUUUACUUGAUGCAUUUGUAAAAAUAUUGAAAGAGGGUGGGCCUGCUGAGCUCUAUAGAGGUCUCACUCCAAGUGUUAUAGGAGUCAUUCCCUAUGCCGCGACAAACUACUUUGCUUAUGAUUCAUUGCGGAAAGCCUACAGAAAGAUUUUCAAGGAAGAGAAGAUUGGAAACAUAGAGACUCUUCUGAUUGGAUCAGCAGCUGGUGCUAUAUCUAGCACUGCAACCUUUCCUCUGGAGGUGGCUCGUAAGCACAUGCAGGUGGGUGCUGUUAGUGGAAGAGCAGUUUACAAGAAUGUAAUUCAUGCUCUUGUGAGUAUACUUGAACAGGAUGGGAUUCAUGGUCUGUAUAAAGGGCUUGGUCCCAGCUGCAUGAAGUUAGUUCCUGCCGCAGGAAUAUCUUUCAUGUGUUAUGAAGCAUGCAAGAGGAUAUUGAUAGAGGCAGAAAAUGAAGAGUAAAAUGAGUUCCUUCAGAAAUAUGCUACGAGCAAUUCAAGAAUAGGCUAAGGGUAGGGAAAAUUGAGUUUUAUUUAUCUUGCUCCUUUUUCCAGACGCUGGAAAUUUUGUUUUGGAUUGAGCCUGGUUUGUCAGGUGAGAAUGCUGAUACUGGUUUUGGUCUCUCUUUUUUCACUACUGAAUGAAAUGCAGUUUGAUGGCAAGAUAUUGCCAAUUACCGUU